GGGGAGUAAUUAUUUGAAAAAAGGGGCCGUCGCCAAGUCGCCAAUCGGUUUUGUUUACAUUUAGGCUUAUGCUCAAAAAAGAUGCUCGUCCGAGAGUUGGGUUUCGUUCUCGUCCUUGUGACCUUGUCCGCUGCCCACUCGGUGCACCACCACGGCCACCACUCGAGAGGCGAGAGGGAGGAAGAUGGAGCCUACAGCCCCAGGGAUUCUGGACACUUCGAUGAGGUUGGAGGGCAUCACGGAGAAUUCGAUCAUGAAGCCAUUUUAGGAAGUGUGAAAACUGCUGAAGAGUUUGACACUCUUCCUCCUGAUGAAGCCAAGAGGAGGUUAAGAAUUCUCCUAACUAAAAUGGACAGAAACAAGGAUGGUCAAAUAGAGAGGAAAGAGUUGCAUUCCUGGAUUUUAAGAUCAUUCAGGUUGCUUUCUGAGGAAGAGGCCGAGGAAAAGUUUGAGGAUGUGGAUGAAAAUAGAGACGGAAAAGUCACUUGGGAGGAACAUUUGGAAGAUGCCUACGGUGGCACUGUCGUUGAGGACAUCCAGAUGCAUGAGCCAAAUGUUAAGAUGCUGCAAGACGACAGGGAGCUUUUCAACGCCGCUGAUAAAAACAAAGAUGGCUAUUUGAACAAACAAGAGUUUUCCUUGUUCAGCAGUCCAGAGGAACACCCUGAGAUGCACGACAUUAUCCUGAAUCACACCCUUUCUGAAAAGGACACCAACAGAGACGGUCAUCUCACCUUCCAGGAGUUUAUUGGAGAAAGAGCGUCAAACCAGGAAAAAGAAUGGUUAAUAUCAGAAAAGGAAAAGUUUGACUCGGAAUAUGACAAAAACAAGGAUGGUCAACUCGAUAAGGCUGAGUUGUUGGCGUGGGUUGUGCCCAGUGACGACGAAAUAGCUGAGGAGGAAGUGGUGCACCUUUUCGCCUCAGCUGACGAUGACCACGAUGACUUCCUCAGUUUCGACGAAGUCAUUGAACACCAUGACAUAUUUGUUGGGUCCGAAGCCACUGAUUAUGGGGACCAUCUGCACAAAGUGCACACUUUUUCUGACGAACUGUGAAUUCUCUUGCACUGCCAUAUAAAUCAUGUAUAAAGCCAGUAUCAUUGUAAUAUUUAUUUGUUGUGCAUUUACUCAUACGACAGAUAAUAAGUGUUGUCACGUCACUACUAGAAGUAUACUUAAUUGUAAUAAAGAUCAGUAUUUCAUAAUGUAAGCAUAAGUUUUUUUUAAAUAAUAUACCUUGUUCUCUUGUAUAACUUGUGCAUAUAUUUAUUGGUGCCAUUCAUUUAACCAAGCGAAAUAAUAAAAUAAAAUGCGUGCUUUGGCGUUGACUGGAUCUAACUUUAAAGGGACUUGGACUUAGGGAAAGCAGAUAAAUAUCAAGCUGAAGCUUACCAAAUAAAUAUCAAUUUCAAGUCUAAAGCUCCUUGAAUAGUCAGAUCACCUGACUUCAGCACAGUUAAAAUUUGAAUGAGUAAUUAUUUUCUUUCCAACACUUCCAAAUCAAUAGAGAGUCUCGAUCUAAAACCAUAUGUACAACAGGAAUCCAAGAUUACGCCAGACAACACCAUGCCAAAAGACGAUUCCUCCUCCUUGUCUCCGCUAUCAUCGUUAUCGGAGGAGGUGGGACAGUCUUGGGCGCUUGCAAUCAACUGUUUCCAGCCCCUCUUCUCGCCUCAC